UAUAGUGAAUGCAAACCGAGGGCCACAGCGUCUUCGCCACUCAGGACAAGUGAGAACACAGUUCAGACAACGCGCAACUGUGUGGUGAGACGCGAUGGCUUCCCGAGCGCUGGCGCUGCUGUUUGGCUUGAUUUCAUUGCCAUUUUAUGCUGCUGUUUUUCGAGGACCGUUGCAGCCUGAGAUAUCAAAUGGAACUUUUCAUCACUUUUACGUACCAGAUGGUGAAUACGAUGAAAAUGACGACCCGGAGAAAUGUCAAAUGCUCUUCAAAUGGUUUGACCGGAGACCUUGUCCAGUGGAGGAGGACCGAGACUCUGUUAUCCGCGAGGAUUUGAUCAUAAUCAAGCAGCAAACUGAAGACGCGGCGAGGGUUUUGGAAAGUAUUGGGAAAACCAUAACAUAUGAUUUGGAGGGUGAAGACAGUUAUGGUAAAUACCUCAGGCGAGAGAUUGUUCAAAUCAAUGAGGCUUUCGAAAACGUUGAGAAAUCCCUUAUGGAGCUAGAGGUGAAAUUCAAACAAAGCCAGGAGGUAGAGCAAAGAGAAGAAGACGAAUUUGCAAGAACUUUUUUGAAUCCUAUCCACAACGUCAGAAGCACACUUCAAGAAACUCUGGACGUCUCUUCUGGCCUCAAGGACAAACAUGAACUGAUCUCACUGAUUAUUCGCAGUCAUGGUACGAGGUUAAGUAGGCUAAAAAACGAAUACAUUAAUGUAUAGCAACAGAGCAAAGCAUUGUGUGGCGUGGCUCUGAAAGAAAUUAAGUUGUAAUCUUAUUUUCUUUUUGUUGGUGAAACUGUGUCUCGUAGUAUUGUACAUUUGAAAGGGUGCAGUUCUCUCUUGUUUAACCACAAAGUUGUACUUGGUUCAAGAACCACUAAUUUCAUCAUUCUUAUUACCCUACUGUUUACAACCUUAAUGAUUUUGUUACAUUUUGUAUCACUGUCCUGUAUGCUGUGUAUUGUUUUCAUUUGAGCUUAUUUCUUUGGCUUUUGUGUCAUGAAACAUAUAUAAAAUAUGGUUUGUAUUA